AUGAAUAAAUAUCUUAAUUUGCUCUUAAGAACAAAGGGAAAAUACAGUAGUAAAAGAUUCAUAUUUGAGAAUAAUUUUUUUUUUUCUGCUGAGAGAAAUAUUGAUAAAAUAAUCAUAGAAAAUAACUACAGUAAUAUAAAAAAUUUAAAAACACAAGAGCUUCGUUUGCUAUCGGAAAGCUGUUGUGUUAAAAAAAUUAAUGAUGUUAUUAUAUGGAGUGAGAUAUCUAGAAACGCAAUCGAAAAAUGUAAUAACUUUAAGUAUUUUGAUGCUUUACUAUUAUUAUCCUCUUUUGAAAAGAUGAAUAUAAUAGAUAAAACUUUAUAUAAAAGCUUUUCAGAUGUGUUUAUAAAACAGAUAAACUAUUUAGAACCAAGACAUUUCAUAUUAUUAAUAAAUUUGUAUUGUAAAGCAAAUAUAUUUCCUCGUAUAUUAUUUAUACAAGUAUUUCAUUGUAUUGUAAAAUAUUCUAGUAAAUUAUACCCUGAUGAAUAUGUUGAUUUAUUAACAUGCUUUGCGAAUUUAAAAAUUGUAAAUAGGGAUUUAAUAAAAACAUUAUGCAAAUCUAUAAUAAAAAAUAUUAAUCUUUUUGAUUAUCUCCAUUUAUGUUCUAUUGUUGGAUGCUUAAGAUCAUUAGAUAUUUCUGAUGAUGUAUUUUAUUAUGUAUUAGAUGAAAAACAAUUAAAGGAGUUAAAAUUUUUGACUGUUCAAGAAUUAUUUGAUUACUUAAAAAAAAUUAAAUUAUUAACUUAUAGUUGGGAAAUAUAUGAAAAAGACUUAAUUAAGGAAUUUUUACUAAGAAUAAAUGAAUUUAAAAAUGAAAAAGAUGUUAAUCAAUUGGAUGAUCCCUUUACUUGUUUAAAUUAUUUAAUUUCCAAAAAUUAUGUUAGUAAUAAUUUCUUAAUAGCAUUAAGCAAAUGGUGCGCUAAUCAAGUAUAUGAAUAUCCAUCAAGAUCAGCUAAAAGGCCAUUAUCCUAUCAACUCAUAAAGUUAUAUGAAUUAAUGAAAGAAAAAAAUACAGAAAAUUACGAUUUUAUUGAAAAAGCUAUUUAUAAAUUUGUAAUUAGUAGAGGAGGGAUAGAACGUAAUAGAGAUAAAAUGAUUAAACCUGUAUCAUAUCAGAAAGGUAGAAAGUAUAUAUUUACCAAAGAUCCUCUUCUAAAUUGUAAUAGUGAUGAUAUUUAUCGCACAAGUAAUAAUAAUAUUAAUGUAAAUAAUUAUAACAAUAGCUCGAAUAAAAAUACUACUACUAUGAAUGUUAACAUAAAUGACGAUAUCAACUCUUUUAAUAAACAUAUUGAUAAUAAAAAUGAUAACGAUAUUAAUAAUAAUACAUAUGAUAGCAUAAAUGAUAAUAUAAUCAGUGAUUUUUAUGAAAAAAAUAAUACAAAUAACAAAGUGACAGAAAAACAAAAAAUAAUAAAUUUAAGUUUUGAAAAAAAAACAGAAAAAAAAAAAAAUACUUAUUCAAACUCUAGAUACUGUAAUUUUAAAUUACGUCAAAGACCCAAAAGAAUAAAAAAUAAGCCGGCUUCAAUUGAAAUUUGA